GCCGCAGGGGUGCUGGGAGUAGUGAUGGUCCUGGUGCUGGUCAUCCUAAUCCCGGUUUUGGUCAACUCCGCUGGAACUUCGGCGCACUAUGAGAUGCUCGGCUCAUGCAGGAUGGUGUGCGAUCCGUAUGGCACCAAGUCUCCAACCAGCACCGCGUCUGCGGACACCGUACGGGGGGACAACAACCUCAUGCAGUCUUUACCGACUUUUAUACAAGGGCCAAAGGGGGAACCGGGGCGGCCGGGAAAGGUGGGACCUCGGGGCCCACCUGGUGAGCCGGGACCACCUGGCCCGCCUGGUCCACCAGGAGAAAGGGGGGAUCCGGGGCGGCCCGGAAUACCUGGGCCACCAGGACCGAACGUGGCGUCGGGGGCCAUAAGCGCAGCGACGUACAGCACCGUUCCAAAAAUCGCCUUUUACGCAGGCCUUAAAAAGCAGCACGAGGGCUACGAGGUGUUAAAAUUUGACGACGUGGUGACAAACCUGGGCAACCACUACGACCCGACCACAGGGAAAUUCACCUGUUCCAUUCCGGGAAUAUACUUCUUCACCUAUCAUGUACUGAUGCGCGGUGGGGAUGGCACCAGCAUGUGGGCUGAUCUGUGUAAAAACACGCAGGUGCGUGCCAGUGCCAUCGCCCAAGACGCCGAUCAAAACUACGACUACGCCAGCAACAGCGCCGUGCUGCACCUGGAACCGGGAGACGAGGUCUACGUCAAGCUGGACGGCGGGAAGGCCCACGGAGGAAACAAUAACAAAUACAGCACUUUCUCCGGUUUCAUCAUCUACGCUGACUGA